AUGCUGCCGUAUGCGCCGGGGCCGCCGCCGUCGCUGCUGGUGGACCGGCGGUACAAGCUGGGCGGCGAGGCGGCGCCCAACUGCCCGCGCUGCGACUCGCCCAACACCAAGUUCUGCUACUACAACAACUACAGCCUCAGCCAGCCGCGCUACUUCUGCAAGGGCUGCCGCCGCUACUGGACCAAGGGCGGCUCCCUCCGGAACGUGCCCGUCGGCGGGGGGUGCCGGAAGAACCGACGGGGCAAGUCGUCCUUGCGGUCGGCGGCGGACUCCAUCGCGAGCGGCGGCGGCCGCGAUGCGGCGUUCGGCCACCGGUUCCCGGGCCCUGUCCGGCCGGACCUGGUCCUGGAAGGCAUGGUCGGCAACCCGUCGAACCCAGCUGGCCAGGCGAUGCCCGGCGGCGUGCCCACUGCUGCCGAUGGCUCCACCAUUGAUCUCGCAAUGCUGUACGCCAAGUUUCUCAACCACCCGCCGGCGGAGGAAGGUGUCAGUGCCGUGACGCCGGAGUCGGCAGGGCAGGUCGACGAGGCGUUCGACACGUUCAGCGCGUCCAGCGACCUGAGCCCCGGCGUUCUGGCAACGCUGCAGUUCGAUCCGUGCCACGACGGGUUUGGUGAGUGGUCAGGCGGGCCAGUGAGCAGCGCUGGCCCCUCGAGUACGGCUAGUACUACCGCCGCAACCACCAUGCUGUGCGCUGACGUGAGCGUGCAAGCUGCGUUCGGUGAGCUCAACUUCGCCAUGGAUCAGAGCUGCUUCGACUCGCUAGGGUUGCCCACGGACGACGUCGUCGGCAACCUCUCGUCGUCGUGGUGUUCGAUCGUGCCAGGCUUGUCGACGUUAGAGGGCGCCAAGUAUGACUCGUUGGAUUCGUUCCCUGACGACGCCCUGAGCCUUCACGAGGGAAUGAUUAGCGGGACUGAUCAUGAUUGGAGCGUGGAUUGCCAAGGAUUGGAGGCUCUCUACAUGCCGUAA